AUGGAGGAAGAACAAAAACCGACGGGACUUUUGGAAGAUGUGAAGCAAGAGCAACCGGCGGAACCAGAAGACGUUGAAGAUGUAAUUUUUCAUAUUUUUUUUUUAAUAAAAUAAUCAAUAUUUGUGUGCAGGAUAAACCUCCGAUAUUGGCGCCACCGGCUCCGAUCCGUUUUGCGGGCCCGCCGCCCCGGAAAAUGAUGCGACUGCCCGCCGGAUCCAUUAUUCAUAGGACCGCUUCUGAGUGGUACGCAUUUUUUAUUGUAAACUUUUAUUGAAGAUUAACGAACAAAUUUUGAUGGAAAAUUCCAGCAUCUCAAAAGCGAGCCACUUCCAACGACACUACAAUUCGAUAGAAAAGUACAAUGAGGACCUGACGAUGCGUUUUUUGUUCGGAAACGGACUCCCGCUCGAAAAGAUCAACGAUCCGCACAUGAGACUGUUCCUGCACCACCUGAAUCCGAGCAGGAGACCGCCCGAAUCGGGCAAUAUGACCACCAAAGCGAAUAUGGAAAUGAGAGUGAGAUUUAGAACGUUUUUGGGCACUUUGCAAAAAAUUCAGCUUUUCCAGCCGGCUCUCGACUACAACCGUCUGAACAGUCCUCUGAGCGUUUCAGUAGAAGCGAUUCGGAAGAACGACGAAGUUUACUUGACAAUUUCCGUGCAUUAUCAUGAUGCGCUCGGCGAACGACAGAAUUCCGUUCAUUUCGAGAAGGUCAUAAUUGCAGAGUGCGUUUGAUAGCUUUUUUGAUAAUAAACUUCAAAACUGCUCAAUUUUGAUUUCAGUUACGAAGGAAAAAUGAUAGCGGAUCGAUUGCGGCGAGUUGUGGAUCCGAAAAGAGCGCUCAGCGUCGUCAUCACCAAUUUGAUCAGUCCGAACGUGAAAAUGAUUCAGAUGUUGGCGUCGGUCGCCAAAUUCAAGAAUAAGUACGGAUUUCUUGCAUUUUAGGCCAAAAUCCACGUUUCGCAGGUUCAUCUGUUUCUUCUCUUACCUGUCGAACAUUGCGCGUGACGUCAUCGGAAUCGACGAACUCGCCCACUCUUUACAACUAUUGAGAAAUUACGUGGAUGCGAUCAGGAAGCAUCCAGAAGUGUACACCAAGUUCAAAAGGUUUUUCAAUGUCCAGAAUCCCGAAAAAAUCUAUACAUUUCCCCAAAAUUCCCCAUUUUCGUUGCAGACUCCAACUGGAAUCCGGUUCGCCGACGGACCUUCCACCACCCGAAAUGUCCAAUGAUUGGAUGUCCACUCUCCAAUUCGUUGCCACGUGUUCGGUGCUCAACGACACGUUCUCGAGGCUUGGCGAGCGCUGGUGCAUGCCGGAAUACCUGUCGGCGGAGCAGGAGAACGAGAUGGCCAUGCUCACGGAUUUCCUCUCGGUGCUCUGCCACGUGGCGUCCCAGUUGUGCUCCGAGGAUAGCUGCGUCUCGCAAGUGCUCCACUCGAUGUCGGUCGUCAACAACGCCGUCGAGCAGACCGGAAUCCGGGCGGUGCGCGUUAAAAUGCGCGAGAUAUUCGCCAAAUACUUUGCCUCGAUCUCGCAAGGACCCAUCGGCGACUUCUACGCCAUCGCCGCCCUCCUCGACCCCCGAUUCGGCUACUCGGACGGAAUUUUCUCGGCCGAUGACUGGAUAAGCACGCAGAUCAAAUUGUCAAACGGCUCGAUCGUCGACGAGACGACGCGUCGGAAAGUGCAUCAGCUCGAGCAGGAACUGCAACUUUACCGGAAACUGAUGCUCAAGAAUCGGCCGACGUUCGACGAGCGGAUGACGCCCGGGCGGUGGUGGAUGGAGAUGAGCGACGAGCUGCCGAACAUGUACAGGAAGUGGAUCGAGCACUCGGGACCGCCCGCCGUUUCCGUCGACGGGAAACGGUUCUUCGCGCGCGGCGGGAAACUCGCGCAUCUGUUCGACACACUCGAUGAGGCACUCCAUUUUAAAGCACUCCUCUUGGCACAAAGCUCACAGGAUUUUGUGUAAGUUUGAACGAGACCGCUCAAAUUUGAAUUCCCUUGAAAUUCGGUCCAAAUUGCAGCGGGCGCGGAAACGCGAGUCACCACGUGCUGGAUCACCUCCGCGACGGUCCGAGCACUUUUCGGCGGCUCGAAACGGAGCCGGAUCUGGAGGAAGGCGAAGAGGAAAUCGAGGAGGUGAUCUACCCGGAAGAUCAGAUUGAAACCGAAGUGAAACAAGAGUGAGCUCUUUUUCCAAUUAAAAAAUAACGAUUUACUGAAUUUUUCAGGCCUUUGGAUGAUGCUCCGGAAACGACCACGCUCUCUGAUCCUCCUAUCGCCGCGGAGGAUAUAAAACAAGAGAGGGAGAUUAAAAUCGAGGAGCCGGACGAAUAG